AUGACCAAGGUGCAGUCCGAGGCCCUGACUCGACUUUGGGACCAGCUCGGCAAGUGCAAGUCUGGUUUCAGAAUCAGCGCCAAAAGCGUCGACGAGAGCGCGAGACCGAUGACACUCUUCAAUCGCGGGAUCCACCUGACAUGCUCGCGCAUUCUGUUGGAUGGCCAUCGUCUGUCGUUCCAGUAUACCCUCCGCAGGAUCGCAUGGCUCCGAUCUCAAUGUCGUAUCCUCCGCCGCCGCCGCCGCACGCCCGCCACGUUCUAUCACAGCCUAUGCACCCAACCCGAGCAUUCACGCAUCCUCCCCUCUACCGAGCUGAGCGACCUCUGCACGAGAACCGACGGGGCCUAA